GUUCGUCUUAAACUCUAAGCCACGUGUGGUGGCUUCUCAUUGUUUCGUGGUGUUCAGUUCAUUUAGUCCACAACGACAUAAAAGGUAACACACCUCGUCGUGAAAAUCAGUCCAGCAAUGAUGGCGAAAAGGUCUUUGGAGGAUUGUGAUUGCUGUUAACCUCCCAUAGUUUGGUUGGCGUGGCGGAGGUUGCCCAGAGAUUCACAAAUGAACAAUCUUCGAAGGUCUUUCAUUCAAAACUGCUGUGAAUGGUUUUACGCAGCGUGCCACCCUGCCUUGCCCCGGUCUAUUUCCCAUAUCCAGCCAGAGUGCAUUGCUUGAUGGUUUUGAAAAAAAAAAAGAAAAAAAAAAAAGAAAUGCAGCGAGGCUGUCGUUGACAUGGCGGAGCCGAGUGAUGGACAUUUUCGUCUGCUUUCUUGGUCGAUGACGACCCGUAAUUUAUGGAUGGUCGUCUAGUGUAUUUUCACGCGAUGAUGUCUGACACACGAUAUAGUCGAUGGGACAGUUGGAUGUAUUCCCAUCGCACUUUUUACCUUCCUCCUGCUCAGCAAACGAACGUGACUGCGUGACAAGGAUAACACCCGCACCGCCAACACGUUCCGUCAAACAUGUACGCUUAUGCAAGUAUGCACAGCGCACACGAAGAAAGUCUAAUAACAUCUAAUGUAGGCUACCGCCAUGCACUCCAUCCAAGUUUUCUCACCUUGGAAGUCGUUCACCGCACGUGAUUUCAUCGGUUGUCCUUUCGUCUUCUACGCCAGCCCUGGGAAUAAAGAAACUCUUUGGAGAAAGAAUGAAGAGCUUUGCGCGUGGAUGUUUGCGGGGUGCUGACAAAAGUAUAACAAGCUCGUAACCAGAAAAAAAUGGGGCUCGUCCAACGCCUUCUGGGAUCCGGCGGGCAAUUUGAAACGAGAACAACAGUGACCAGCGCAUCGUCAUUUCUGUUUUCCCUAUCCUUCGUCAAGGCCUACAUGUCUUCGUUACUAUUUGUUACAGCCCUACAGGGUUUCUGGAUGCCAUGGAUUCUCAUCCAUCACCAGCCGCAAGGGGCUUCAGCCGUUUCAUGGGAAGAUUGGUGGACCUACGAAGGAAUCUCAGGACCGGCAUUUUGGGGCCUGAUCAAUCCAGAAUGGUCCAUGUGCAACCGAGGACGUCGUCAAUCACCGAUCAACAUUGAGCCGUCUCAGCUCCUCUUCGAUCCUAACCUGCGACCGCUUCAUAUCGAUAAGAACACGGUGGCGGGUUAUUUGACCAAUAUGGGCCAAGGACUGAUUUUCACGGUGGACAAUAGCAGUAAGCCGAGCGUUAACCUGACCGGCGGACCACUCUCCUAUAAAUACGAAUGGCACCAAAUGGCACUGCAUUUUGGAUUGAACAAUCAGACGGGUUCCGAGCACACGAUCGCCGGCCGGGCAUUCCCAGCCGAGUUACAAGUCUUCGGAUUCAACACUCAACUGUACAGCACUUACAGCGAAGCCCUGGACUCGCCGAACGGCAUUGUCGCCAUCUCCGUUCUCAUCCAGAUUGGCGAUACGUCGCAGCAGACGACCGAGUUUCGCCUCUUGAUGGAGCACAUCACGAAAAUCGAGCGACACGGCUCGACAAAGAUAAAGAGAGGGUUGCUCCAACCAGGGCAAGAGCGGUCCAUGCCGGCGCUCAGUCUCAAGCUCCUCUUGCCGCCAACAGAUUAUUACAUCACGUACGAAGGAUCAGCUACGACUCCGGCGUGCCAAGAAACGGCCACAUGGAUCGUGUUCAACCGUCCUCUUUACAUCACCGAACAACAGUUAUAUGCCUUGAGGGGCUUGAAACGAGGUUCUCCCAAUCCCAAUCACAACCAACUGAUCAAGUCUUCAUUUUCGUCGCCGUCCUUGUCAAUAACGGCUGAUCCCAUGGGCAACAAUUAUCGGCCCAUCCAGCCGACUCAUCAUCGACCUGUUCGCACCAAUAUUGACUUCACUUCGUCAGAGCGAGGGGAAAAGGCUUGCGCCACGAUGCACCGGGAUAUGCACUAUCGAGCCAACACGUUCUGGCAACCGUGACGCCUUGAUUUCGUCUGACGGGAACUUCAUCCUCGUGUAAAAAGAAACGAAAAAAUAUUUGCCAUCCCGGAAGAAAUGAACUAGUUUCAUCAACUCACCGCCAUCCCGCUAUUAUUCCAUCAUCGUCACAUCUUCCACUUGAAAUCAUUUUUUCACCCUGCAUAGCGAAAGCAAACAAAGGCAUUGAGCUUCGUCAUUUUUUUUUUUUUUUCGUUGUUAUUUGAUUUUUCUUUUUCGGUUCGAGUCAUCUUCUUGGCCAUUUAAUUGGCACAACUUUUCAAAAGCGUUUGAAAGACUUGGGAUGUUUAAAAUUGCCAUCGGGUGACGAAAGGUUUUAGUUCGUUUUAACGCUAAAGGGUGCUGUGUACAUAUAGACAUUUAAUGAUGUAGAGGCCGUGUGGUCUGAUACGUGUAGACCUAAUAAUGAAAACACGUUAUCUUGUGUGUAGCGCAUUUUUUUUUUUUUUUUG